GGAAACAUGGCGGAAAACAAAGGAGGCGGCGGCGGCGGGGAGGGGGCUGCCGAGGCCGGGCCGGGCGGCGGCGGCGCCCCGGAGCCCGCGGCCGCCUCCCCCUCCGGCACCGCGCCGCCCGCGGCCCCCGCAGCGCUGCCCGAGGAGCGGGAGAGCCCGGGCGCGGCGGCAGUGGUCGCAGCCGAGCGCGUUCUGGGGGAGGCCGAGGCCGAGGCGGCAGCGGGGCCCGGCUCCGGGCAGGGGCCAGGGCCCAGCCCCGUGCCCCCGCUGACGCCGGCGGCUCCGGGGCCCUUCUCGCUGCUGGACACCUGCGCCGUGUGUGCGCAGAGCCUGCAGAGCCGGCGGGAGGCCGAGCCCAAGCUGCUGCCCUGCCUGCACUCCUUCUGCCGGCGCUGCCUGCCGGAGCCCGAACGGCAGCUCAGCGUCCCCAUACCCGGCGGCGCGAACGGCGACGUCCAGCAAGUUGGUGUCAUCAGGUGUCCGAUAUGCCGUCAGGAAUGCAGGCAGAUCGAUCUGGUUGACAACUACUUUGUAAAGGACACGUCAGAAGCACCAAGCAGCUCUGAUGAGAAGUCAGAACAGGUGUGUACAAGCUGUGAAGAUAAUGCUAGUGCUGUUGGAUUUUGUGUUGAGUGUGGAGAAUGGUUGUGCAAGACCUGCAUAGAAGCUCAUCAGCGAGUAAAAUUUACUAAAGAUCAUAUGAUCAGAAAAAAAGAGGAUGUAUCUUCAGAGGCCGUGGGAGCAUCUGGUCAACGUCCUGUUUUCUGUCCUGUCCACAAACAAGAGCAGUUAAAACUUUUCUGUGAAACAUGUGACAGGCUGACAUGCAGAGACUGUCAGUUACUGGAGCACAAAGAACACAGGUAUCAGUUUCUGGAAGAAGCUUUUCAGAACCAGAAGGGUGCAAUUGAGAACCUAUUGGCCAAACUUCUUGAGAAGAAGAAUUAUGUAAAUUUUGCAGCUGCCCAAGUUCAGAAUAGGAUAAAAGAAGUAAAUGAAACUAACAAACGAGUAGAACAGGAAAUCAAAGUGGCUAUAUUCACCCUCAUCAAUGAAAUCAAUAAAAAGGGAAAAUCUCUCUUGCAGCACCUUGAGAAUGUAACAAAGGAGAGACAGAUGAAGUUAAUACAACAACAAAAUGACAUCACAGGUCUUUCGCGACAAGUGAAGCAUGUGAUGAACUUUACUAAUUGGGCUAUUGCAAGUGGCAGCAGUACUGCUUUGCUGUACAGUAAACGGCUGAUAACAUUCCAGUUACGUCACAUUUUAAAGGCACGUUGUGAUCCUGUCCCAGCUGCCAACGGAGCAAUACGCUUCCAUUGUGACCCUACAUUCUGGGCAAAGAACGUCGUCAAUUUAGGUAACCUUGUUAUUGAAAAUAAACCAACUCCUAGCUACACUCCUAAUGUGGUGGUUGGACAGACUCCUCCAGGAACAAACCACAUCAGCAAAGCUCCAGGACAAAUCAAUCUAGCACAGCUUCGACUUCAGCAUAUGCAGCAGCAAGUGUAUGCACAAAAGCAUCAGCAACUGCAGCAGAUGAGGAUGGGACAGCCAACUGGGUCAGUUCCCAGGCAGACAAACCCACAAGUCUUACAGCAGCAGCCUCCCAGGUUGAUCAGCAUGCAGACCAUGCAGAGGGGUAACAUGAACUGUGGGGCUUUCCAAGCACAUCAGAUGAGAAUGGCUCAGAAUGCUGCUCGUAUACCAGGAAUACCACGCCACAAUGGACAGCAAUACUCCAUGAUGCAACCUCACCUUCAAAGACAACAUUCUAACCCUGGGCAUGCGGGGCCUUUUCCAGUUGUUUCUGUGCACAACACCACUAUCAAUCCAACUAGUCCUACUACAGCCACAAUGGCCAGUGCAAACCGUGGUCCAACGAGUCCAUCCGUUGCAGCGAUUGAACUCAUUCCUUCUGUCACUAACCCAGAGAAUUUACCUUCACUGCCAGACAUCCCACCUAUACAGCUUGAAGAUGCUGGUUCAAGUAGUUUGGAUCACCUUCUAAGUAGAUACAUUACAGGCAGCCACCUACCCCCACAACCUACAAGUAGCAUGAAUCCCUCCCCAGGACCUUCAGCUCUGUCUCCAGGGUCAUCAGGUUUAUCCAACUCCCACACUCCUGUGAGGCCUCCUAGUACCUCCAGCACAGGCAGCAGAGGAAGCUGUGGCUCCUCAGGCAGAACUGCUGAGAAAACCGGUCUUAACUUCAGGUCUGACCAAGUGAAAGUCAAGCAAGAGCCAGGGACAGAGGAAGAGAUAUGCAGUUUCUCAGGAACAGUAAAACAAGAAAAAACAGAGGAUGGCAGAAGGAGUGCUUGCAUGCUUAGCAGUCCUGAGAGCAGCUUGACACCACCACUGUCCACUAACUUGCAUCUGGAAAGUGAAUUAGAUGCAUUAGGAAGUCUUGAAAAUCAUGUAAAAACUGAACCAGCAGAUUUAAGUGAAAGUUGCAAACAGUCUGGCCAUAGCCUUUUAAAUGGAAAAUCGCCAAUGCGGAGUCUAAUGCACCGAUCAGCUCGGAUUGGAGAAGGCAACAACAAAGAUGAUGAUCCAAAUGAGGACUGGUGUGCAGUGUGCCAAAAUGGAGGGGAUCUGUUGUGUUGUGAGAAGUGCCCAAAGGUGUUUCACCUGACUUGUCAUGUACCAACACUCCUCAGCUUCCCAAGUGGAGAGUGGAUAUGUACGUUCUGCAGAGAUCUGAGCAAACCAGAAGUAGAAUAUGAUUGUGACAAUUCACAGCACAGCAAGAAAGGGAAAACAGCGCAAGGCCUGAGUCCUGUGGACCAGAGGAAAUGUGAACGUCUCCUGCUUUACCUGUACUGUCAUGAACUGAGCAUUGAAUUUCAGGAGCCAGUCCCAGUCUCGAUACCGAACUACUAUAAAAUUAUAAAGAAACCAAUGGAUUUAUCUACGGUGAAAAAGAAACUGCAAAAGAAGCAUUCCCAGCACUACCAGACUCCUGAGGACUUUGUGGCAGAUGUCCGGUUGAUCUUCAAGAACUGUGAAAGGUUUAAUGAAAUGAUGAAAGUUGUUCAAGUUUAUGCAGAAACACAAGAGAUUAAUUUGAAGGCUGAUUCAGAAGUAGCACAGGCAGGGAAGGCAGUUGCAUUAUACUUUGAAGAUAAACUUACAGAGAUCUACUCAGACAGGACCUUCCAGCCUUUGCCUGAUUUUGAGCAGGAAGAGGAUGAUGGUGAAAUAACUGAGGACUCCGAUGAAGAUUUUAUACAACCACGUAGAAAACGCCUAAAAUCAGAUGAGAGACCAGUGCAUAUAAAGUAAUCUAAUUAUAUGGACCUAAAAUUUAUUGUAAAAACUGUUAUUUAAGUGUUCCUGGAAUAUUAUCAUGCCUACAGUGGCCAUCUUGAAGAAGCUGAUAGCUUUUUAAACAGUAUUAGAUUACAAAAAACACUUGUGCAGAAAAGCAUUCUCAUCAAAAGGGGAAAAAAACCUGUAUUGUAAUUUUUUUUCAUUGGGGUUUUUGGUGUUUGUGUUGUUUGUUUUUGUCUUUUCCUUGAUUACUUGCUAUAUUCAUUCUUUUCCUGAUGGAGGGGACACACUCAUCCUGGUCUCACAGAGGAGGAUGAGUGUUGAAGAGAAGCAGAUUUGAUAGGAGAUGUUCCAUGUACAGAUAAGACUGCUUAAUAAAACGUUCUGCAGGACUGGGCCAGUAUAGUUACAGUAUCUUGCUGGGCUGCAGUGUUAACUGUAAGCAACAUUCCUGAAAUCCCCUCUUGGUGUGAACUUCAGUGCGUGUUGGUCGUUGCCUUUUAUCAUCAUCUCAUCCAGGCUGUGUUGUGAACACUUGAUCUUCUGUGUUGACCCAGUUAUCUAGAUUUGACUUUAUACAUUUUAUGUAUAGCAAAAAGAAAAAAAAAAAAUCAUUAAAGUGUUCUGAAUUGGCAAGUGCAGGAGUGUGAGUUCUUGACAGAUGACAGACUAAACUGGUUGUACCAAUCUCUUUUCAGUAGGGCUGAUAUAUUUACUAGGGAUCCUGUACACAGAACAUUUUAAUGGCAAUCAUGAGAAAAGUCUUAGCAUCGUGUCAUCUGUCCCUGAUCCCCCUAAUGAGGCAGAAUGUUAUCUCCAGUAUUCCUUGCCUAAUUUUCUGUACUUAAAAUAUAGACCGAAGAGGUAAUAACUGGUUGGGGUGUUUUUCCAGUCUUCCUAAAUAUCAGUUUCUAAUAGACCACUCGGCAAACAAUAACCUAUUAACUACCAAAUGUGUAAAAUUUCCUGUAUUCACUUUGUCUUAUUUGUAAAUAGUGAAUUGAGAUUUCUUGCAGAUCAGCAACAUUUGCUGAACUGUUUUUAAGCUAAUAUGUAUUCUUAUUAAUUGUUCCUAUCAAGAAAAAAUUUGUAAUAUACGCUAUUUCUAACAUUGCAUUCAUUUUGAGGUUCUGUCUUAUUUUUAUUAGAGUACUACUCAGAACUUUUUUCAGAAGCAGCUUAUGAGCAAAAUGUCUAGAAAGAUUGGAAUAAAUCUGUUGAGAUUGGGUUACUUUCCAUCCACUGAACAAAACACUUGGAUGGGCCAGUAUUUGGCUUGGAGUGGUUUCUGGUCCAAUAUUGAAAACGGAACAAGUUCCCUGUUUCCCUGUGGCAGGCAUCUCUGCAGUGCCUUCCCGUUGCAUACUGCCUUCAUCCUAGCAUUUCUGGUUAGAAAUGACCUCAUCACAAAGUAAUUCUAGUUUGAACAGUUGUUUCCUUCUUUUCUGACAGAAAUACUAGAAAGAAUAAAUGUAAUUUCUGGCCUUCAUGUGGGCCAUAUCUUCAUGUUAAAGUAAGAUGAAGGAAUAAUGUAAUUGGAUGAGGUCAAGUUGACAGACUAUAAAUUUGCCAUAAGAUAUAGUGUGAAUACAGCAGUUCUGUGGUAAAUCACUGAGGUUUUGGUAAACUCAGCAUGAGCAAUUCCUGUCACAUUGUAUAUACUUUACCAUAAUGGUAAAGAUAAAUAUUUUAGCACAAUGUAUUAAAUUGAGAUAUGCGCUCAGCAGUUUUUAUGGAAGUCGCUUAAGAUUUGAUUUCUUUUUGUAAGAACAAAGUAUAUGUACAUUGUGACUGUACCUCUUAAAUAAGGGGACUGAGGGUGUUUGUAAGGUCAAGCUCACCUCUUUAGGUUACACAGAUGUUACACUUAAACUGGCUGGUUUUUUUCACUCCUCAGAUAUUAACAUAGUGCCAGUCUAAAUUUAUUUUUACCAGUUUGUAAGUGAAAGGAAAAGUGAUUCUACUUGAACAUACUAAAUUGACAAGUAGCAAAAACUUUGCCCAUAGAAAGGAUCGUGAGUGUGAAUAAGACACUGAUAGUAAUGAGGGAUCAUUUAACAGCUCUUUGUGUUGCCUAUUUAUGCAUUUCUAGUUUCUCAGCUUCAUUUUGCAAAGGAAUAUUAUUAAAAUUAUCAUGAAAAUAAGAUUUUGUCAAUUCUCUUCAAUUGGGGUUACUGUUUUAACGGCACUUAAGCACUCUGUGUUCCUUACCUUCAGGCCUCAACUUUUUAGCUGCUCACUUUGUAAGGCACCAGACAGGGGUUCAAGCACUGCAGAUCUCUGCUGCCCGAGCUGGAGUGUGGGACAACCUGGUAUCACCUUAGACUGGUCACGGAGUGGGGCAAGGACCAGGCUGCAGAGCUGCAGUCCUGGGAUGGCACAGGCUCCCUGCCUGCCAUGGGAGCAGCACCAUCAUUUUUCCACCCAGACCCCAGAGCAGAUCUCUGUGUUUUGGGAUAACUGCUCCCCAGGACAAGGUAGAAAAAUUUUUGAACAACGUAGGCUCAUGACAGACUGUUCACUUGUUCACCUGCAGACCACCAGUGGUGCUCACCUUAGGCCAUGGGGAGUUCAAGCUCUACUGGUGAACUUAACCCAUUGAAUUCCUAGAGUUGUUCCUUCCAUUCAGCUCACCAGUGUUCUUUAGUAUUAUGUAAAAUUUUGAUUGUGUGCAAGAAAUCUUUAAAAAUUCUUUUUCUUUUAGAUAGAAGAAAUUGAACAAUACCCCACCCCCUUAGUUUUGGAAGUCCCAAUACAACAAUUCAAUGAUUGUUUUGAAACCAGCAAAGUUCUAUUAAAAAUAUAUUUGGAAGGAUAGAUAAGCACUGCUAAUACAUUUCCUAAAUAUGUAAAUAUUCAUCACAGAACAAGUAAAAGUUUGCUCAGUCAAAAUGACUUUUUAUGCCACACCGUAUGUAACUUGUUCAAGUGCAAAUUACUGGGGUUUGUAUUAACAGCCCACUGUGUUACUCUGAACGUCUCUGUGCCAGGUGACAUGUGUGCAAUAUGUGCAAGUGACAGGGUGUUUUACCCCAGGAAUCCGAGCGUGGCUUGAAUCAGAAAAGUUUCAGCAUCAGAGGCUGUGGUGGGUGUGCUCUGUGUGCUGCUCCUGUGUCCUUGCAGGGUUCCAGUGUGAGGGCAGGGAUACAGCCUGGCACUGGGUGUAACAUGCUGCCAGUUCAGACACGUGUAAAAAAGACUAUUAAUGUCUCAAGUUUUGUUGAAAAUGUCCCUGAAGUUUUAAGUUAAUCCAAAGAAGUAAAAGGCAACUUGCUUUUGAAAGAAGAGUGAAAAGUGUACAGUAUCCUACUUGUGGACUUCUCAAUUACCUCAGCAGGUAUCCUGCCAUAUAAUUACUAGUGAUUAGUGAUAACCAGCUGAAUAGGUUCAGGUCUAUUAUUUAACUGUGCCCUGGAAUUAAGUGGCCUAUAGUAUAAUAAGGCAGAGUUACUAUCCAAAAAAGGAUGUUCCCCAAACUAUUGAAAAUAUAAAUGCUCUACGAUAUGUAGAGAGUUUCUUUGGUUUUGUGUGGAAUGUCACCAUUGCUAUUACUUAGGAUAUUUGACCAUGUCAGCACACUUAACACUGGAUCACUGAAAUGUUUUAUAAACAUUUCUGCAAGCCACUGAAACAGAAGUCUUUAAAAUUAGCCCAAAUUUAUAAUUCUGUUGUUUAACCUAGUUUAUUGGCUGACCUCUAAAAGUUUAGGUAAUGGCAACAGCAUUUUAAAGCUGUGUGUAUGAUAUACUGGAAGUUGGCUUUUUCUUUCCUUACUCUCUUCCUUGGAAAAAGCAAUAAAACUGCUUUUGUCUGUUGCCUCUUCGCAUGACAGGAAUCCUUUUCUUUGCAUAGUGAUUUUAUAGGGAAGUUUGUAUGCAUAUCACCAAGUGUAGCUUUUAAAAACAAAGUGUGCAGGAGUUAUUGACGAAAUAGUGUGGCAUUUUAUUUUAAAAAUUGGGGAAAGUUACAUAUUUUUUUAAAAAGUAGGUGUUUUGAGUAAAUAAUGGAGGUACUUUUUUAACAAAAAAUUAUAUGCCACAGUUUACAUAGACAUAUUUCAGAAUGAACAUAUGCAUUGUAUCUUCAGAUAUGGCAAUUUCUGUUAUUUUCUCAAAGUGCGUGUACAGUAACUCUUCCAUCUAGUUUCUGUGUUUGCUUACGGGGAUCCUACUUUAUAUGCUUUCUAAUGGAUCUGAAUUGGUUUUCAAAAAUUGUGGUUAAUUUGGGUAUCUUUAUUAAAAGGGAACCGUUAAAUGUAUGAAAUGCAGUUUUGGCCUUUUCUAUUGAGUGAUCUUACUGCUCAAGGCUGCUUUCUUUGGAAUUUAUUGAAUUUCUACAAGGAGAGGUACUAAAAUAUUUUAUAAGUUCAACUUUUUGCAGCAUUCACUCUAGAGUGUGAGCUACAUUUAAGAAAAAAAGUGCAUGUCUGCUAAUGGCCUGCAAAUGGGGCUAUUUCUUAGGUUCAGAGCACCAUGAAACAUGUAUAUAAGCCUAUAAAGAUUUGUGCAGUUGGAAGCCUGUUUUACAUGUAAACGUACUCAUGGAAGGGUUAAAUUAAUGGCAUUCUUUGAUUAUUUCUUGCUUCCAGUAAUUGAACUGGUUCUUUUUUGCACAUAGUAAACUUUGCUCAUCUUUUAAUAUGAUUCUUCAAAAAGUGCUGUUUCUGUGGUAUUGUAUUACCUGAAUAAUCAUAUUUAACUUUUUUUUUUAAAAAACAAGGUUACUGUUCCUAAUUGUUCUGUUCCUGUGUUUUUUGCUGGUGUGUAAUAAAAAUGUUUUCUUCACAUGGUUAUUUAAUACAUUAGCUACCUGUAAAUAUUUCUUGUUAAGUGCUCUGGAAUGUGCUGUAGAAGUUGUAUUAGGUCAGUUUAAAGCAUUGUUUGAAAACCAUUUUGUUUUGGUUAUUUCUAUUAAAUUGGAAAAGUUACUCUUUC